UAAAGUUAAAUAACAGAAAAAUGCAAGUGCUCUCUCUUAUUCUAUUAUUAUGCUCUCCUUAGUCCUUGGGUUCAUAUCCUCAAAAUCUUAUCUCAUCACUAUCAGCUAUAAAUUUUUCUGAUGCAAUCAAUGAAACUUUCCUCCAGAUUCAUCCAUAAAUGGAGCAACUCCUCCAUACUAGUGCUCGUUUUCUUCCUCCUGCUCUGUAAAUGGUUCGCCUACAGUGACAAGUUCAAGUCUGUAGCAGAGUCUUUCUUCUUAUCAGGACUUAAACUUGCAGAAAUCCGUGAGAAAGAUGAUGAUAUGGAGGUUUUAUUACCACCAAAGGACUGUGAUUUUUACACUGGGAAAUGGGUUCUUGAUAAUGUUACUCACCCUUUAUACAAGGAAGAAGAAUGUGAGUUUCUCUCAAGGCAGGUUACUUGUUUGAGAAAUGGAAGAAGAGAUUCUUUAUACCAGAACUGGAGAUGGCAACCCAGAGAUUGUUCAUUGCCUAAGUUCAAAUCAAGAUUGCUCCUGGAGAAACUUCGUGGAAAGAGGCUUAUGUUUGUUGGAGAUUCACUAAAUAGAAACCAGUGGGAAUCCAUGGUUUGCCUAGUUCAAUCUGCAAUCUCUCCAGGGAAGAAGAGCCUGGAUGAAUCAGGUUCUUCUUCUAUUUUCAGAAUAGAGGACUAUAAUGCUACAAUAGAGUUUUACUGGUCACCUUUUCUAGUCGAAUCGAAUUCGGAUGAUUCAUUGAAGCAUAGCAUAUUAGAUCGCAUGAUCAUGCCUGAAUCCAUUAACAAGCAUGGAGAAAACUGGAAGGGUGUGAACUACCUCAUCUUUAAUUCAUACAUUUGGUGGAUGAACUCUCUUAACAUGAAAGUCUUAAAGCAAGGAUUUAUGUUCAAUGGAAGUAAUGUAGAAUAUGAUGAAAUUGAAAGAACAGUAGCUUAUGGAAGAGUUGUGAGGACAUUGGCUAAAUGGAUUAAUGAAAAUGUAGAUCCUAAUCUCACUUCUGUCUACUUCAUGAGCAUGUCCCCUCUUCAUAUCAAGAGCUCGGAUUGGAACAAUCCAGAAGGGCUUAAGUGUGUUAGAGAGACUACACCAGUAGCCACCAUGAAUGCUCCAUUGGAUGUAGGCACAGAUAAACGCCUACAUUAUAUUGUGAGGAAUGUGACUAAAUCCAUGAAAGUGCCUGUUCAUAUUAUCAACAUUACUACAAUGUCGGAGUAUAGAAAAGAUGCCCAUACGUCAAUAUACACUACCCGCCAAGGUCAGCUGCUCACGGUGGAGCAGCAACAGAACCCAGCAGUAUACGCAGAUUGUAUCCAUUGGUGUCUACCUGGGUUACCUGAUAUAUGGAAUGAGCUGCUCUACACACACAUUGUUUCUCAAUCUUAAACCCCUGGAAUUUUUUCUUCCUUCAGAAUAUGCUUUUUAAUUCAUGUAUAGGUUUCAGAUUUUAAGGAAAAAAAAUUUUCCUGAGAGAAAGAGAACAUCUAUGUAGCUUCUUGGCAGAAAGGCAAAUUCAACAAUUAAUUUGAUGUUGGUUGGGAUUUGGAUUUA